GAUAAAUAGCAAUCAGUUGGAAGUUUGCGCGGCAAUUUUAGAAUCUCGUUGAAAGUGUGUAACGUGGAAAAAAACAGUGACAACUUAAUGAAAGCGGCGAAAAACAUAAAAAAUUAAAGAAUUGUUGCUAAAGUUAGUGAGCUUUGUUGCGCACAGAGAAACUGAUACUCACUCCUACAGCUGCUUGAAGUGUUCGGCACCAAAAAUGACAAAAACAUUAGUUAAAGGUCCUUGGUUUGGUAUACGCCAUCUCCAGGCCUUGCUGAUAUUCUUCAAUAUUGUGGUCGUCUAUUUUAGUCGGAUAAAUGUCUCAGUUUCGGUGGUGGCCAUGACCAAUGCUAAUACCACCAAUCCAGAUUUUCCGGAAUACGAUUGGAAUGAGAAGCACAAAUCCGUCAUCAUUUCGAGUUUUUAUUGGGGUUAUAUCUUCACACAGUUCCCCGGCGGCUAUCUGAGCCGACGUUUCGGCGCCAAAAUCGUCAUGUUCGGCUCGACUAUUUGCUCAGCCAUUUGCUGUGUAUUGACGCCGCUAUUAAUCUCACUUGGUGGCUGGCAAGCUUACUGCGCGAUACGUAUUAUAAUGGGUCUCGCACAAGGUGUCAUAUUCCCGGCGAUACAUCAACAUCUGGGCAAAUGGUCACCGCAAAAGGAACGCAAUUUUCUGGGCACUAUUAGUGACUGCGGCACAGAUUGUGGUAUUAUCUUGUCCAUGGGCGUAAGUGGUCUCAUAGCGACCAGUUCGAUCGGUUGGCCUGGUAUAUCGUAUGUGUCGGGCGGUGCUUGCUUCGUUUGGUGUCUCAUUUGGUUAAUCUUCGGUUAUAAUAACGCGCCGUCGGCACGCUUCAUAACGCCCGAAGAACGUGCAUACAUCGAAUCCGAUUUGCUGCGUGAGGAUAACUUUCAUCAAGAGAAUAUAUCAGUACCAUGGUUGGCGAUCUUCACAUCGGUGCCAUUACUCAGUUUGCUGGUGGUCCGUUGCGCACAAGCUUGGGGCAGUACAACGCUGCAAGCGGAGAUACCGUCUUACAUGGCGGGGGUAUUGAAUAUGAAUAUAAAGAGUAAUGCACUCUUCUCGGCGCUGCCGUAUGUGGUAAUGUUUUGCUUGAAAUUUGUUUAUCUUUUCUCGGCUGAUUUCGUAAUUGCCAAACGCCUGCUCACGCUAACGGUACUGCGAAAAGUCUGUAACACGUGUGCUUUGUGGAUACCGGCUGGCAUUAUGAUCGGCAUCGGCUUUCUGGAUGAAGCACAAAAGACGCUGGCGAUCGUAUUAAUGAUUUUGAAUGUCGGUUUUAAUGCCGGUGCUACAAUUGGCAGCACUUUGAAUACGAUCGAUCUGUCCUCGAAUCAUGCCGGUGUACUGAUGGGCAUUGUCAAUACCAUUGCCAAUUUUGUGCCAAUCGUGACACCACUUUUGGUCGGCGUCAUUGUAACGGAUGAGCACGAUCGCACGCUUUGGCAAAUUGUUUUCAUUAUUGCUGCGGCUAUAUUCUUCUUUGGAAAUUUGGUUUAUGUUAUAUUUGGAUCUGCGCUAACACAACCUUGGGAUGCACCAAACUUUCUAACGCGUGAUAACAUCGAAAACGAUCUAUCUAAACCUGAACUGAAUGGUAAACAAUUAGUGACUUCAAUGGGAGACGUUGAUAAAGUAAAUAGCAUAGUUAACCCAGAAGUAGUAACCGCGGUUAAGGUUACAUACAACGGUGCUCUAAAUAAUGCUUUGGAGUUGAGCGAAGAGCCAGAGGAGCUGACAGUUGAAACAUCACAGACAGAUCUCAGCAAUAAUAACAAAGAAACAGUAUGAUAUGGUGAUAUUGUAGACAAAGAGGUGAAACAUGACUAGCGGUAAAAAGAGGAGGUUGGUGAAGGAACUGUUUCAAGUUUGUUUUGUUAGUAUUUGGGGUUUUUCUCUUUUUGUGGAUUAACUUAGGUUAUAUAACCAACGUAAGUCAAUUAGAGAUAUGAUUUAAUGAUUAGAUGGAGAUAAUCUUCUUAAUACAGUAUGUAUGUUAUGUAGUUCUAUAAGUAAAAUUUGUUAAAUAUUAUAGUAUACAAUAUGAAGAAAUUAUAACUCGUGUUGUAAAUGUGUAUUACUAGACGAUAACUAUGACUGAAAACAAGGGUAUUUUAAUCUUUUUCA